AUGAUGAAUUACAUCAAUCUCUUGAUCAUCGUUGUGAUCAUCCAGGUGGCUGCAGCUCCGGUGCUAGUCAGAGCUAAGAAAGUGGAAUGCGACUCGGGGAUUUGCAUCGACGGUGGAGAAGAAGAGAUGAGAACAAUGACAGGAUUUGAAUUGAGCCGAAGGAUUCUAAAAGCCGCAAGAUAUAUUAGCUAUAGUGCGUUGAAGAAGAAUAAUAUACCGUGUAAACGACGCGGUCGUUCCUAUUAUGCUUAUGGACCUGGUAAAAAGGCUAAUCCAUACAAACAAGGUUGCAGUGUCAUUACACAAUGUUAUUGUUGA